AUGCGAGUCACACUAUUUAUCCUCUCUAGCAUCUCUGCUAUAACCAAGAUCGCUGCUUCAACAGCACUCCCGAUACCAGUUUCUGAGGAAGUACCUCCAAUUAUCAACCCAAUUAUUGAACCGAUUGUCGAAUCAAUUAUUGAACCAGCUGUCGAGCUGAUCGCUGAGCCAGUCGUUGAGCCAGCUAUUGAACAAGAUGUUGAGCCAGCUGCCGAUACAACUGUCGACCCUAUUAUCGAACCGGUCGUCGAACUAGCUACUGAACCAGCUGUCGAAUCAAUUAUUGAACCAGUUGUCGAACCAGUUAUUGAACAAGUCUUCGAACCAAUUGUCGAACCAAUUGUUGAGCCGAUUAUACAACCAGCCGUCGAGCCAAUUAUCGAGCCAAUUAUUCAGCCAGGCAUUGAGCCAGCUGUUAAACCUGUCGUCGAACCAGCUGCCGAAUCUAUUGACGACCCUAUUGUCGAGCCAAUUAUCAGCCCGAUUAUCGAACCAGCUGCUGAGCCUGUUAUUGAGCCUGUCUUCGAAACAAUUAUUGACCCUAUCGAUCCGAUUGUCGACCAGAUUCCCGUUCCAGAAACUCCCUCCCGCAUCUCUACUGGGGUGGUCCCAGAGGACCUCAAGAAUGCUAUGCAAGGGAUACAAAGCCUAGCGUUCGACUUGAUACUGCAAGCAUCCAACAUCGGGGGCGAAGGUGUGAAGGUCCAGAUUAUUGGAGUGUGUCUUUAUCUUACUGCAGUAGGCCUGGGCUAA